CACGAACAGCAGUAUCCACCAUUCAUCGCCCCCAAGCCAGCACCAACGGUGACGUCUCGCUACAGGAGGGGGACCCUGCCACGCCGGGCCCCUCUGAUGGGCCGCCCAUGCUCAAGGCGCCCCACCCUCUCUCGCCCAGCAAGCGGCGGAACUCAGACGCACCUGGGCUGCUGGUCGGAGGGAGACCAUCUGGCGAAGGAGGCGACGGCGCUGCCACAGGGGGGGUGCCGAAGCGCGUAAAGCCCGAGGCAGCGCCGCCCAAGGUCCUGCCCGUGCAGUACGAGCUGUGCGCCUAUGAAGAUAUCGUGGUGCUGAUCGCGCACAUGCUCGCGGAGCUGAUCGAGACCAACGACGCGCUGGCCCUGAGGUCGGGACACCUCACGCGAUUUCAUAGUCGGACCGCACCAGGCAUCUCCGUUCUGGACUACCUCCUCCGCCUCGCCAAACAUGCCACCCUUUCGCCGCCCCUCCUCCUCUCCAUGGUUUACUACAUCGACCGCCUCUGCGCCCUGUACCCAGAUUUCACCAUCAAUACCCUCACCGUCCACCGCUUCCUGAUCACGGCCGCCACCGUCGCCGCCAAGGGUCUGUCUGACUCCUUCUGGAAUAAUUCCACCUACGCUCGCGUCGGCGGUGUCCGCGUCGCCGAGCUCAAGCUGCUCGAGCUCGAGUUUCUGCACAAGGUCGACUGGAAGAUCGUCCCGGAUCCGGACGUUCUGGUCGCGUACUACCGGGGCUUGGUCCAGAGGUGCCCUGCGUACCAGCUUGAGGAUGAGGUGGGAGGCGAGGAGGAUGAUGAUGCAACAGCCAUCGCCGACGAGUCGGAUGGAAGCGAAGUCUCAAACGACCCUGAUGAGGGCGACGAACAGGAGGAAGGGAAGAGGGAGGCCGUCACCAAGGGGACCAUGACGACUGCGCAGGGGAAACCACCAGAUGCGCCAUCUCAGGCAUAGCAUGGCGACGGCGCACGGUGGUCUGUAGUUCUUGCGCUGCGUCCAUGGUGGAGUUUCAAAGCAAACUGCUCCCCAAACACAUCCACACACACAUCGAAGAAACCAUUGGAAGGGGAUUCUUGAGAGUGUGUACAUCGAUCCUGUUGUGUGCGCUGCUUGAGACGGGAUAUGCAGCUCAGGCUUUGCAUAUUGCGUCGAGCGUGAAGGGUAAUGACAUACAUUAGUCCCUUAACUUUCUUUGUUGUAAAUUAGAAAGCAUGCGAUGAAAAAUUAUAAUGUGUUUAUGAAGUUCAAUAUCAUCAUUACUUGACAAG